GUCUCUGUUGAACGUCGCCAUACUUUUUUAUUUUGACAGUACACGCAUUCCUUCUAUUUAGAAUAGAGGUUUUUCAUUGUAGCUUUUUGUGUCUGGACUGACACCGUACAAAAAAGUUUUAUAAAUAUCUUCCUUCGAAUUUGUUACUUUGCAAAGGAAUCCGAGAUACAAUAAACAUUUUCGUAGAUAGGACCAAACAAUAACCACGAAUUCAAAUAAUCAAUUGGCAAUUUCAACUUUUAAUUUAGCUCUAUUUAGCGCGAAUUUGGCGAACAUUUACUCAAUAUGGUGAUAAAUUUGCGAGUUAAAACAUUGGAUUCACAGGAUCAUGAAUUCUCUGUUGAAGAUGACAUCACCGUUAGACAGCUCAAAGAGCGCAUUCAUGAAAAGACCAAUGUGGAAAUUGACCUACAAAGACUCAUCUAUUGCGGACGGGUUAUGAACGAUGAUCAUCCACUUAGCGAUUACAAUGUUAAUGGAAAGGUGAUACAUUUGGUUCAGCGUCCGCCACCUGGUUCAACGCGUGGUGGCAGUAGCAGUAGUAACAACACAGACUCUACCACGAACGAUCGACAUCGCAACAAUGACAGUGGCCGAAAUAAUGUGCCAUUCAUUCACGUUUUGGACGGUACCGUACUUGGCGCAAUGGCGAUUCCAAUGAAUACAAACAGUGGAACAUCACAAUCAAUUACACACUCUAUGAAUCCGUCAUCAACAUUGUGUAUGAACAGAAUCACUGUGGCUCGACACAUGCUGAAUUGUGCCAACAAUAUCGGCGCCUACUUGGAAAAUCCUGAGAGAGGAUUGAAUAAUACGGACAUGGACAUUUUGGCACAGCAAACAAUGGAGUCGACUGUAUUUGAAGUUGGCAUAUCAGCCGUUAGUGAUGCUGACGUUCCGCAACAAGACGUGCAAAAUGUGGUUCAAUUGUUUCAAGGGGCCGUUUCAGCUGCCUUUCAACAGAAUGGGUUACCAAAUAUAACAGUUGAUUCUGUUAAUGGAACCACACAAGCGACCAUUCCGUUGGUUUUUGGCGCCACAGCACCAUCAAUUGAAAUGAAUGCCACCGCUUUGGGCAAUCCAACAGUUCGGGUUAUUGGCGUUAGUCAAAGUCCAAGUGCAAAUUUAAAUUCGGCAUCGUCAAGCAGUAGUACAUCGGCAAAUUCAACAACAAGCUCUUCAAGCUCAACAUCAACAAAUCAAACUCAAUCAUCUGAACCGAAUUCGAGCGAAUCAAGCGAAGACACAGCCACUGGAAACUCGCAACAAACGACGAGCCCACAAACAUUGGCUGAAGUUGUUCAACAGAUGCGCACUGUGCAAAAUCGUCUUGAACCAUUCAUACAGCAGUAUUAUGAUAUAUUGCAGAACGAGCCAACAUUCGAAGAAAAUGAUUCAAGUGCCCGGGAAAAUGCACAACGUAUCUUUGAUCGGGUUUCUGAAGCUCUUCAUUACUUUUCGCACGCUCAACACGCUAUUAGUGAUUUGAUGUUAGAUUUGUCACAAAAUACACCUCGACAUCUUUGCUGUCGUCCAAUCUUGGUUGAACAGUCGGCAUUCGUUAGCUCUGGAUUUGCCAUACCGAGCAUGAUUCACCAUUUGCCGCGCCGUGCCGAUACGAACGGAAAUAACAACACAAAUAAUAAUAACAACAACAACAACAACAACAACGCCACGGCCAACAAUAAUACUUCCCGAAAUGCAGGCGAAACGGCUGCGGCAGCAGCUUCGACCCAAUCAAACGCCACUAGUCGAGGUUCCAACGAGAAUAUUUCGCAAUCACUACGAACAGCUGCGACUCAAUUCCCAGUAGCUCGAUUAAUUCAAGCUGUGAUGGAUUCGGUGCCCGCAAACGCAGAUGUUCAUGUUGAAAUCAAUCAAAAUGCUCCGGUUGGUUUUGAAUCACAGAUUGAAAUCCAGCAACAGCCACAACAGGGAGCAAGCUCAACAGGUGCAACGACGAACAGCACAAAUUCCGAGACAGAGCGCAGUCAAUUCCGAGUUACAACGGCCACGCAUCCGACAACAUCGACCCAGACACGAUCCACCGCAAGACCUCAGGCACAUGCGACGACUGGUAUACCAGUCGGUCAAAUUCGGAAUCUGCGACCAGCUAUGCAACUUUCAUCGUUUGACCGUUAUUUACCAUGCAAUAGCCACCACAUACACGAUUCCGAAAAUCAUCAACAACAACAACAACAACAACAACAACAACAGCAGCAGCAGCAGCCACCGCAGCAACAGCAACAACAACAACAACAGCAGCAGCAACAGCAACAACAGCCACAACAACCACGCACCAAUCGUAUAAGCAUUCAACGAACACCACAAGUGCAUAUUCAGCGCACCGUUCCGAAUUCAGUUCGCUUUGCGAAUUUCCUUAGCAGUCAUUUGCAUGGCCACAUGAAUCGAUCCGCGCCGGUACCUACUACAACUAGCACACCAACACAGCCUCAACAAACAUCUGUCCAAUCAAACGCAUCUGUGCCAGCUCACGGAAGCUUGAAUGAUGCACAAUUGAACACAGUGAUUCCGAUCUUUGGUUCAAAUCAAAUUCAGUUGCAAAUUCGCGAUUUGGUCAAUGUAUCUCCCACUCCAUCAACGUUGAAUCGUAUCCGAAGCGAGCUGCGCGAAUUCUUGAUAAUGAAGCUGUCACUCAGCUCGGGCCCAAACGAAGAGAAUGUAACAUUGGCGGUGAACCACGUAAUUUCACUUCUCAAUCGUUUCUUCUCAUUAUUGCCGGAGCUGAGCAUACCAGACUAUGAUGCAAGAGCUUCAAUUGAAAAUUUAAUACGUAGAACAUUGCCAUUUAUCAUCAAUUUAAUUCGAGACGACGAAUCGGUUGAGUUUGGCACGCGGCUGUUGCGUGAAAUGGUUGUAUUCUCUAAACGAUUCAUUGUCAUAUUGCUUCAUUCGAUCGGUCGCCCUAGUACACAGGACUAUCUGAAAAACGUGGUCGAGGCAAUAUUCACGAGCAUUUUUGCUACAAACGUGAAUGAGGAGACGUCUCGGGUUGCAUUGCAGUGGCUAAGACGUCAUUUAAAUGAAGAAAUUCUGCGACGAUUCCAAGAAAUUCGACUUGAUUCAGUAGACGUAAUCGAAUUUUUGGUUAUACGUCGGCCGCCACCGCCAACACCAACUGAUCAACGUCAAAGUGAACUGAUGGAAACGGAUAUUGAUGAUGAGGCAAACAACGAAUCUAUGGGCGCCGAAGCAAGUGAACCAGCCGAAGAUGUUGAGCCAUUGCCAACGAUUACAUUUGGUUCGGAAAGUUGGCACAACAAUUUCCCAGCCCCGUGGUUACCGAUCAUAACACGCGAUAUAUCACGUCAACGACGACAGAGCCCACAAAGACCAUUCAGUGAUGCGUACAUUUCGGGAAUGUCAUCUAAACGUCGCAAAUUAAUCAAUAACACGAAACCAUUAGCAGCUGAGCCAAAUAACAUUUUGCCACAGACGGUACGUCAAGUUUUGCAAUCACGCAUAUCACAUGGCGGCGCUGCAUCAUCAUCCACGUCUUCAGCUUCUGUGGCGAGUACAGCCGCUUCAUUGGAUGAAGCAAUUUCGUCGAAUCAACACAUACAAGAGCCGUAUGAACAGGCACUAUUGAAUCACGUUCAAAACCGAAUUCGCACCGACUCAGACUUCACACCAGAACGAUUCCCGAAUUGUUCCAAAUGGAUUAGCAAGAAUAAAUAGAAGUAAUCAUAUUUCUCUAAUAUAUCAUGUCUACCGCAGUCCCCCGUGAGCCACUUUACAAAUGAACAUGACAGUCGAUGAAAACAAGCAAUUUUAUCGUCAUCAAAUAUUAUUACCAAAUAUUAAAUAAAAACAAAAACAAAAAAUAACAAAACAUCGUCAUUUUGCUGGUGUUAAUCUCAUUUCUGGAGUGGCCCUCCCUCCCAUCUGCAGGUUCAACAUAAAAAUUUAACUAUAUAUAAAAAUGGUAUCGAAAAUUGUUUAUCGUUUUUCUUUAAAAAAAAAAUAAAUUUCGCAACAACAACAAAAAAA